CCUCAAGUGGUCCGAUGCAAGCGCCGGACGCCACGCGCAAGCCGAUGGCCGUGCCCGAGAUGAGCCACGAGUACAUACCCAUCGACGACGGCCGGUCGCCAAGCCUCCACGAGCCAGAGGUCCGCGGCCGCGUCCCGGCCAAGCUCGCCCAAAUCGGCGUGCUCACGCUGCUCAUGGGCAUUGGGCUCUUCUUUGUCGGCGCCAUCAACCUGAGCGAGAGCACGCAAGCACCGACAGUAGACACGCCAUUACGUCUGGUUGUGGUGACGCCGCCACCGCUGGACGCGAUGCUGACCGAGCCCAUCUUCCCGUUGGACUCGUCGUUCCACCACUACACGCUCUCGGCCGACGACGAGGGCGACGGGUACGUCUCGGCCGACGGCCGCGCCUUCCGCAGCGACCACACCAACCUCUUUGGGCGCGGCGUCACGGGCAAGAUCGUGUCGGUCGACGACAAUGCGUUUCUGAUCCGCAGCAACGGCGAGUGCUGCCGCUUUAUGGACCCUGGCGACGAGAUCCUCCUCAAGCCCACGAGCUUUGCCAGCUACCUCUCGGUCGGCGUGGCCGAGUUUGACGCAGGACCCGCGACCCUCUGGGCGGACCCGGAAGAGACGAGUUUGUUCUGGGUCGACGUCCAUGGCCUGCCGCUGCGCUGGGACUACAUUCCCAAGUCCCCCGUCGGGAAGCGCAUCUCGGCGGGCAAGAUGAUCUCGAUGGUCUACGCCAACUUUACCACGGGCACGGUCGCCGCGCCGCUCUUUGACGUGCCGGCCAGCUGCACGACUGCCCAGCGCUGCCGAUUCGACUAAGAAAUGACUAA